AUGGUGAGAGAGUGUGGGCAGGAAGGAUGCACCAAGACCUCCACCUACGGCAACGAAGGUAGCAAAAAGGCAGAGUUCUGCGCGAAGCAUUCGAAACCUGGGAUGAGGGAUGUCCUCAACAAGCGGUGCUCCCACCCGACCUGUACCAAGCACCCGUCCUUUGGAGAACGUGGAACUAACAAGGCGCUCUUUUGUGUGCGGCACGCACAGGCCCAGAUGAUCAACGUUCUCAUCAAGCGAUGUGGCCACGACGGUUGCGCCAAGCAGUGCCUGUUUGGAGAGGCUGCCAAACGGCCGGAGUUCUGUAGUCGACAAGCGAAACCCGGUAUGAUCAAUGUCGUCAGCAAGAAAUGUGGGCACCCAACUUGCACGACUACCCCGAGCUUUGCUGCUCCCACGUCGAAGCGCGGGGAGUACUGCUCCCGACACAUGAAGACCGGAAUGGUAAACGUCGUCAACAGGAAGUGCGGUCACCAAGGUUGCACCAAGCAGCCCUUGUUUGGGACCGCCGGCACCCAAAGGGGACAGUUCUGUGCCCAACACGCAGGGGGCGGAAUGGUCAACGUCGUCAGCAGGAGGUGCGCCGGCGGAAAAUGUUUCUUACAUCACGGGAUAGCUUCCCCGGGGGUUGACUCGUCGGCCGAAGGCCGCCACAACCUCGUGGAACCCGAUUUAUUGUUGACAGCGUAG